AUGUCAGUUUCUCAAUCUCAAACUUCAACAAUUACUACAUCAAAUUCGAAUCCAUUUCAGAAUGUUAUGAAUCUAAUGCCGAUCAAACUUGAUGAAACAAAUUACCUGAACUGGAAGCAUCAAAUAACUCUGAUUUUGAAGACAUUAGGUCUUCUUCAACACCUUAAUAUCAAUUGUGAUCCACCGGAAUCUGAGGAAGCUAGAACUGCUUGGGACAAAUCAGAUGCAUAUGUAUCAGCUUUCAUCUCUGCAAACUUGACUUCAUCGCUGAUUCAUUUGGCUCGUGAUUCUUCUAGAUCUGCAGAGUUAUGGCAAAAACUUGAAGAGUUGUUUACACAACAGGUAUUCGCUAAUCAAAAUUACAUUCAAACUCAGUUUCAUUAUUUAAAACAAGGAGAUAAAUCAGUGAUUCAUUUUUGCGAUGAGGCAAAAAGUUUAUUUGAUCAGUUGAUUGCUCUAGGUGAUCCAAUCACAGAGCAAAGUUUGAUAUUACAAAUCCUAAAUGGUUUACACUCAGAUUUUCGAAUGUUUGUCACAAAUAUUGAAAAUUCAGAUUCAAAACCAACAUUCUCUCAACUCAGAGCAAAAUUGCUGACCUUUGAAUCUUGUCUAAAACAAAGUCAAGUCUUACACUCUGUUCCAAUAGCUGCCAUGGCAGCCAUGACUGUACAACCACCUCCACCACACACACUGAUUCCUCUUCUCAAAUGA